AUGUCCUCUAAUACCAAAACUUUCUACGCAGAUUUAUAUGGAGAGCACGAAGGUCGACACCCUUCUAUGGGGGACCUCAAGAAUCGACUCGCAGUCGACGUCAAGAAAAAAAUGGUAGACGUUAUUGCUGAUCGCCCUGGCACAGCCUAUGUGGAUUAUCAAGGCGAAACGCGCAGGGUGGCAGAUCAUGGGAAGUUAUAUGAUGAUGCAUCGGGUGAAGAAUUGACAUUCGGUCCUGACGGGUCUAAUACCAAUCCAGGGCACUGGAAAGGCUGGACUACUGCUCACCUUCGCACAACUUUCCAUUUUGACGAUAUUUGA